AAGGCUUCGCUCGCGCUUGACCAGUCUUCCCAGUCACAGGCACAGAGCGCCCACCGACACGCAACCAAAAGAAAUCCCCUCGGCGGCGACCAUGGAGCCCCUCGGCGGCGGCGAUAGCGGCGGCGGCGGGUCUUCGUCCUGGGCGGAGCGGCAGCGCGCGGAGGCAGCGCGGGCGUUCCAGCAGUACCUGGACCGGGCGGCGCCGCACACGGCGGGGCGGUGGGCGGGCACGCUGGUGGCCGCGGUGGUGUACGCGCUGCGGGUCUACUACGUGCAGGGGUUCUACGUCGUGUCCUACGGGCUGGGCAUCUACCUGCUCAACCUCCUCAUCGGGUUUCUCUCCCCCAUGGUCGACCCGGAGGUCGAGGCGCUCGACGCCGGACCCGCGCUCCCCACCCGCGGCAACGACGAGUUCAAGCCCUUCAUCCGCCGCCUCCCCGAGUUUAAAUUCUGGUAUGCCAUCACAAAAGCCUUUUGUGUUGCUUUUGUCAUGACAUUCUUCUCAUUAUUUGAUGUUCCUGUCUUCUGGCCAAUACUACUAUGCUACUGGAUUGUGCUCUUUGUCCUGACAAUGAAGCGGCAGAUUUUGCAUAUGAUCAAAUAUAAGUAUGUCCCAUUCAGCAUGGGAAAGCAGAGGUAUGGAGGGAAGAAAGGUCCAGCAGCCAGUUCAUCCAAAGACUGAGACCUAGAGACCCAAUCCCUGUGUCGCUCUUCUGUGAGGCGAUAAUGAUUAUUGCUGGCAUGAUGGUUUUAUUAGUACAACCUACUGACAGUGAAUGUACAACAAGUGACUUUGCAUUGGUUGAAUGGUUGGUGGUUCCUGUUUUGCAUAGAUCAGUACCUUCUGCACAAUUAUCGUUUGUCAGUUGUUGUAUUGUACUGUCAACUAUAAACCUCUUGGAUCACGUCCAAUGCAAAUCAAAACAAUUGGGGCUUCUGCAAUCCCUGUUAGUCUGUUGUAACUUCUCCAUAUCUAUUAGGUGAUGAAUAUAGUUAUUUCUGUUGUUGCCAAA